AUGAUGGAUGAAGUCUUUUCUCUCGAUAUUCUUUAUGCUGAUGAAUAUGUUCCUGAACAGCUCUACCAACUUGUUCGAAAUGGUUUAUGUUCUCAAUUAGAUGCUCGAUUACAUGAACUUUCAAAUUCCAUCGAGUAUUUGACAGCAUUAACUUGGCAUGGUCAAGAACAGUUCAGUUUAUUAAUGGUUGCAGCUCUCAAUGGAUAUGAUGACAUUGUUCGCGUACUUUUAACUCAUUGUAAUUCAACACGUCAGAUUGAAUUAAGAGGACAAGUAAUUCUUUAUGAUGCAAAGCUUGUCAAAGGUGUAACAGCACUUUAUUGUGCAUGUUAUCGAGGACAUUUUACUGUAGCCAAAACUCUAAUAGAACUUGGUCAAGCUAAUGUUAAACAGAACGCGCUUGAUUAUCCGGAUUAUCCACUUUUUACUCAUGCUACGAUAAUGAAUCGUCAAGAUAUAGUUCAUUUUCUUUUGGAAAACAAAUAUACGGAUGUGAAUGAAACGAAAUCCAAUGAUUGUAAUGAAUCUACUGCGUUGAUAUUGGCUGCAUAUCGAGGUUACACAUCUCUCGUCAAAUAUUUAAUAGAAAAUGGUGCUGAUGUUAAUUAUUCUGAUCGGAAUAAAACUCUUAUAGGUUCAACAGCAGUCAUGUGUGCCACGCUUUGUGGUCAUUUAGAUGUACUUCGACUACUCUAUAAUGCAGGUGCAAACAUUAAUAUUAGACACAAUACAGGAGAUACUUUACUCAUGACAGCUGUUAAAAACAAGUAUUAUUCAAUCGUUAGUUUUCUACUCGAACAAUCGAUAAAUGAUACUGUAGACGAUCUUGAAUUUGCUGCUUGUUCUUUAUUUGAUAUUUCAUCUUCUAUUGAACAAAUGAAUGUAGUAUUCGAUCUCUUAAGAGUUGCUCUUCAACAACGUCAAUUAUUACAAAUACCAAAAAUUUGCAUACAACCAAAAGAUAUCUACGAUUAUCAGCAAGAAUGUCAAACUAUUGAGGAACUUGAUCGUAUCAAAGGUGAUCGUAAUCGAAUUUUUAUCGAAACAUUACUUAUUCGAGAACGUAUCUAUUCAUCUCAAAAGAAUAUAACAAUAAUGCAACCAUUAAAUGAUUAUGGCGAUCAACUCGCAUACAAGAAAGAAUUUGAUAAAUGUCUUAAUAUUCUUGAACAAAAAGAAAUAACUAAAGAAGAACAAACAUUGAUUUAUUCUUGGAUAAGAGAUUUAUGUCGUCAUCGACUGACUACUUUAGACGGAAAAACUCUACUUCAUCUUUGUGUUGAUACGAAUACUAAUUUUCGUCUCGAUUUUCGUCCUAGAGAUACAAUUACUCACAUAAAAUUUCCGAAUGAAUUUGGACUUCGAUUGUUAUUGACUUGUGGAAAUCGUUGGCUUGAUUUAGAUGCAAUCGAAUCUUCUUUUGGUAAUACACCACUUCAUAUCAUAUGCGAAAGAAAUAGAGAUCAAAAGAUCAUUAAAUUACUUUUGAAUUUUGGAAGUCAUAUGGAUUGUGUAAAUAAAGAUGGAAAAAUUCCAUUAGAUUAUGUAAACGAUAAAGAGAUCAAAGCUUUGUUUACAACAAAAUCAACUCCAGAUCGUCUCAAAUGUUUAUGUGCACGAAUCAUUGUUAAUAAACGUUUGAAAAUUGGUACUUCGAGUGCAUUAACAUCAUCUUUGAAGAAAUUUGUUUUCUUACAUGAUAGUUUACGCAUUCAAUAUAAUUUUAACUAA